UUUCGUCACGCGUUACAAACCUUACUGUUUUUUUUUUUUUUUUCCAUUUGUUCAGGUUAAAAAAGUUAAACAUUUUGUUUUUUCGCUGUUCGUUGUCUCUUGCACAAAUUUUUUUAGGGUUUAUUGCUAUAAACCCUAAAAAUAUUAGUAGCUGGGGUUUUAGGGUUAAGAUUGGAGCAAAAGAGUAUGGAAUCUGAUCAAGCCAAACUGUUUGUGGGAGGGAUAUCUCGGGAGACAAGUGAAGCUAUUCUCACGGAUCAUUUCAGCAAAUACGGCAACGUCGUUAGCUCUGUCGUAGCUAAAGACAAGAACACCAAAAGCCCUCGUGGUUUCGGCUUUGUGUUGUUCUCUGAACCUUCUUCAGCUGAUAAAGCUCUUCAAGCUAGCCAUGUAAUUCUUGGUAGAACGGUAGAAGUGAAAAAGGCGAUACCCCGAAGCGAACAAAACCAAAUUCAGCGACAUCAGCACCACAAUUUGAAUGAACAGCCGAGUAGGAAUGGUGGUAGUGAACCUGUUGAUAGCAAUAAUCACUUUAGGACUAAAAAGAUCUUCGUAGGGGGUUUAUCCGCUAGUCUAACCGAGGAAGAGUUUAAGAAUUACUUUGAAAGAUUCGGUAGAAUAACCGACGUAGUUGUGAUGCAUGACAGCUUGACUAACCGGCCUAGAGGAUUCGGGUUUGUUACUUUCGAAUUGGAAGAGGCUGUGGACAAUGUUAUGCAGAAGAGCUUUCAUGAGUUGAGUAAUAGGCUUGUGGAAGUCAAACGUGCAGUGCCGAAAGAAGGGAAUAAUGGUGGUAACAAUGGUUAUAACAUGAAGGCUGGUGUUGUACCGGUAUCACCUUAUAAUGGUUUUCAACCUUUUGAUUAUGUUCCCGGUAGUCCUGGAUAUGGUAUGUUCCCUGGUUAUGCUCCUCUUAUUGGGUAUAAUACCAUUGAUGGAUAUGUUUACGGAAGUGGUGUUUAUGGCAAUGGGUACCCAACCAUUGGAUAUGGUAGGAUCGGUUAUGGUGUCCCUCCCGUUACUCCGAGGAGCUCCUUUUAUGCCCCUGUAAUGCUUGGACCAAGACUUUGCCCGCCACCUUAUGGAACUGUAUCUGCCUAUCCCCCUUGCAUGAACGAUGGGGUUGGUCUAGUGGGUACAGUGACUGGUGGGUUCAAUGGGAUUACUGGGAACGCAGUUGAUGGAAAAUCAAAUCAAGUUAAUGAUGACUCUCGAGAGCCACCUACAAAUGCCAGGCCACCUCAGACCGAAGGAGCAAACUUUGAUGGUGAGGGUUUAAAGGAAUGCAACGCCGGUGCUUCUAGCAAACAGGAUCAGAAACAUCAUGAUGGAGAGCUUGAGCCUUUAUCUGUUGAUGCUUCAAGAUGAUCACUCGGCACAUUUGGGGGUUCGAACUUUGAAGGGUUAGUGAAUUUUUUUAACUAAACAGGCUUAGGAAAAGUUUGACCAUGAUUUGGUCCAUUUCCACUUUUAGACGUAAUAUUGUGCCAUAACCAUGCCCGGCAGUGCUCAUAUAUAUAUUGUGUUUAGAUUAUGAUGAUUUGUCCGUACAGAAAUCAGGGUAUCAUGUAAUUCUAAUCUCUCUUUGUGCAGUUUCACUACUCUGUCAGGCAAUGUUAAUAAUGAAGCUAUGUCUUUUUUAUUCAA